AUGCUUGUGGGGCACCCUCUCUAUGCCUGGCGCUGGGUGUACACGAGACAGACACGGUCCCGCCAUCUUCGUGCACGUAUUGUGGAAUCAUCUGAGUCCUACACUGUGGCAUCCAGCCCAGCCCGGCGGCUGCGAAACGAUCCUCUCACUUCCAGCCCUGGGCGAAGCUCCCGUCGCACCGAUGCCCUGACUUCCAGCCCUGGUCGUGAUCUUCCCCCUUUUGAGGAUGAGUCUGAGGGACUUCUAGGUACAGAAGGACCCCUGGAUGAAGAGGAAGAAGAUGGAGAGGAGCUUAUCGGAGAUGGCAUGGAGAGGGACUAUCGUGCCAUCCCGGAGCUGGAUGCCUACGAGGCCGAGGGACUGGCCCUGGACGAUGAGGACGUAGAGGAGCUGACGGCCAGUCAGAGGGAGGCAGCGGAGCGGGCCAUGAGGCAGCGUGACCGAGAGGCUGGCCGGGGCCUGGGCCGCAUGCGCCGUGGGCUCCUGUACGACAGCGACGAGGAGGACGAGGAGCGUCCCUCCCGGAAGCGCCGCCAGGUGGAGCGGGCCACGGAGGAGGGUGAGGAGGACGAGGACAUGAUCGAGAGCAUUGAGAACCUGGAGGACCUCAAGGGCCACUCUGUGCGUGAGUGGGUGAGCAUGGCAGGCCCACGCCUGGAGAUCCACCACCGCUUUAAGAACUUCCUGCGCACCCAUGUGGACGGCCAUGGACACAACGUCUUCAAGGAGCGCAUCAGCGACAUGUGCAAAGAGAACCGCGAGAGCCUGGUGGUGAACUACGAGGACCUGGCGGCCCGGGAGCACGUCCUGGCCUACUUCCUGCCUGAGGCACCCGCAGAGCUGCUGCAGAUCUUUGAUGAGGCUGCCCUGGAGGUUGUGCUGGCCAUGUACCCCAAGUACGACCGCAUCGCCAGCCACAUCCAUGUGCGCAUCUCCCACCUGCCUCUGGUAGAGGAGCUGCGCUCGCUCAGGCAGCUGCACCUCAACCAGCUGAUCCGCACCAGCGGGGUGGUGACCAGCUGCACCGGUGUCCUGCCCCAGCUCAGCAUGGUCAAGUACAACUGCAACAAGUGUAACUUUGUGCUGGGGCCCUUCUGUCAGUCUCAGAACCAGGAGGUGAAGCCGGGCUCCUGCCCCGAGUGCCAGUCAGCUGGCCCCUUUGAAGUCAACAUGGAGGAGACCGUGUAUCAGAACUACCAGCGCAUUCGAAUUCAGGAGAGUCCCGGCAAAGUGGCGGCCGGCCGGCUGCCCCGCUCCAAGGACGCGAUCCUCCUCGCCGAUCUGGUGGACAGCUGCAAGCCAGGAGAUGAGAUAGAGCUGACUGGCAUCUACCACAACAACUACGAUGGCUCCCUCAACACGGCCAACGGCUUCCCCGUGUUUGCCACUGUCAUCUUAGCCAACCACGUGGCCAAGAAGGACAACAAGGUCGCUGUGGGGGAACUGACAGAUGAAGAUGUGAAGAUGAUCACCAGCCUCUCCAAGGACCAGCAGAUCGGGGAGAAGAUCUUCGCCAGUAUUGCUCCUUCCAUCUAUGGACACGAAGACAUCAAGAGAGGCCUGGCGCUGGCUCUGUUUGGAGGGGAGCCUAAAAACCCAGGGGGUAAGCACAAGGUGCGAGGUGACAUCAACGUGCUCUUGUGUGGAGAUCCCGGCACAGCCAAGUCUCAGUUCCUCAAAUACGUCGAGAAAGUGUCUAGCCGUGCCAUCUUUACCACUGGCCAGGGGGCUUCAGCCGUGGGCCUCACAGCGUAUGUCCAGCGACACCCUGUCAGCAGGGAGUGGACCUUAGAGGCUGGAGCCCUGGUUCUGGCUGACCGAGGAGUGUGUCUCAUCGAUGAAUUUGACAAGAUGAAUGACCAGGACAGAACCAGCAUCCACGAGGCCAUGGAGCAGCAGAGCAUCUCCAUCUCCAAGGCCGGCAUCGUCACCUCCCUGCAGGCUCGCUGCACGAUCAUUGCCGCGGCCAACCCCAUAGGAGGCCGCUAUGACCCCUCGCUCACCUUCUCAGAAAACGUGGACCUCACGGAGCCCAUCAUUUCCCGCUUUGACAUCCUGUGUGUGGUGAGGGACACGGUGGACCCAGUCCAGGCCCUGCUGGCCCCACCAACUGCACCCACUUGCUUCUCCUGCAUCCCUGCUGCAAUCCAGGCGACAGGCAGCAUCCCCAUCACGGUGCGGCACAUCGAGUCCAUGAUCCGCAUGGCAGAGGCCCACGCGCGCAUCCACCUGCGCGACUAUGUGAUAGAGGAUGACGUUAGCAUGGCCAUCCGCGUGAUGCUGGAGAGCUUCAUCGACACGCAGAAGUUCAGCGUCAUGCGCAGCAUGAGGAAGACUUUCGCGCGCUACCUCUCGUUCCGGCGAGACAACAACGAGCUCCUGCUGUUCAUACUGAAGCAGUUGGUGGCAGAGCAGGUGACAUACCAGCGCAACCGCUUUGGGGCCCAGCAGGACACGAUCGAAGUUCCUGAGAAGGACUUGGUGGACAAGGCUCGUCAGAUCAAUAUCCACAACCUGUCUGCUUUUUAUGACAGCGAGCUCUUUAGGAUGAACAGGUUCAGCCAUGACCUGAAACGGAAGAUGAUCCUUCAGCAGUUCUGA